GAUGUGUCGCUGGAGGUGCCCACAGUGGACGCCAUGCUGGACAAACUGUGCAGGAAGUACAACCGGAGAAGGAGGAAGGACAGGAAGCAGAAGAAGAAGAAGAUGAGCCCGCUGUGGAACCUGCAGAAUCUGGCCAUCCUGCUGACCGUGGUGAUCUUCGUCGUUGUGGUGAUCAUGUGGUCGCUGCUGUGGGUUUUCAUCUUCCGCAGAGAGAGCAACAGCGGGGUGUACUUUGCCGGAAUGUUCCGUGUUGCCAACGUGGAGUUUAUUCCCGAAUACAGACACACUGAGUCCAGUGAAUUCCAGUCCAUGGCAAGCAGGAUUCAGUAUGUGGUGAACAGCGUGUACAGAAGAUCUUCUGUGUCCAGACUUUACAAGCAUUCCAUCAUAUCAGACCUGAGCAGUAAUGAUGGCGGCGUGUUGGUGCACUUCUGGAUGGUGUUUGUGGUGCCUCGGCUGAAGAGCGCAGCGGUGUGUGAGGAGUGCGUUAGCGCUAUCCUGCGGGACUCUGUGCUCACCAGCCUGCAGAACCGCUCGUCCGUCGGGUACCUGAUAGGGCUGCCUGUGGACAUGGACUCCAUCCUCAUUAACGCUGCUCUCCGCUCCGACUACACAGCAACUGCAGCAGACUCAGAGUGUGUAGAUAAGCUGUAUGCCAGCCUGAUCGGAGUGAAGGUUCCUCUGAAUGUCUUCUCCUCCUGGGGAGGCCUGAGCUGCCAUGUCAAACUGACCACUGUGCCUGGAUCAGUGAUCCGGCUCAGCGUCUCCGCCUUCCGCAUCGAGCCCAGCGACUGUGUCAGCGACGCCCUCACCGUGUACGACGCCCUCCUGCCAAUGAGGAGCAGGACUCUCUACAGGGUGUGUGAACCCGUGUCUGAUGGCUUCUCCCUCGUUUCCACUGGCAACGUGAUGCUGCUGUCCUUCAGACUGACCCAUGGGAAUAAGAGCUUCCGAGGACACUUUCAGGCCAUCACUGUGGAGAGCUGUUUCAGUGUGCUGCAGCUGCCGGUGAAUCCCGAAUUCAGCGGAGAGCUCAACAGCCCCUUCCACCCCAGCCUGCUGCCCAUCCAGUGCAGCUGCACCUGGAUCUUUCAGAGUCCGCAUCCUGUGCUGGGCGUCGCUCUGAAGUUUCAGAACUACAUGCUGAGUCUCAAAGACCUGAAGGGCUGCGAACAUGGCUGGUGGAAAGUAAACGAGAUCAUAUACUGCGGCAGCUACGUCGACCACUCCACCGUGUUCCGCAUCCCAGACCCGAGUCCUGAGGUGGUGUUCCGCUGCAGCUCACGCCUGGCCGACCUCCCGUUCAGUGCCCAGUUCAGCAGCUACAACAUCAGCCAGCCAUGCCCUGACAGUCACUUCCUGUGCUCCACCGGGCUGUGUGUGGACAAGGGCCGUCGGUGCGACGGAUUGGACGACUGCAGGGACGAGAGCGACGAGCUCUUUUGCGCCAAACCCUCCAAAAACUGCGCCGGCCCCAUGCCUGUGCACCCACUCUACGUCUGCAAUGGAGAGACAGACUGCGCGGAUGGCAGGGACGAGACCAACUGCACCCUGGAGACGAGCUGCUCUGAGAUCCGUUUCCAGUGUCGCAGUGGCGCCUGCAUCCUGAAGAGAAACGCAAAGUGUGACGGAGUGCCGGACUGCCCCGACCACAGCGACGAGGCCGACUGCGCCUGUGGCCUCCCCAGCCCGCGGAAGCAGGGCCGCGUGGUGGGCGGGGUCGGCGCUGCAGAGGGGGAGUGGCCCUGGCAGGUCAGCCUGCUCUUCGCUGGUCACCUGUACUGCGGCGGCACCGUCAUCUCAACCGACUGGCUGCUGUCUGCAGCUCACUGCUUCAACAGAGAGAGGCUGUCGGACCCGCGGCAGUGGAGCGCUCACCUGGGGAUGCUGUCUCAGGGAGCGGCGAGACACGUGGCCGAGGUGCGCAGAAUCGUGGUGCACGAGUACUACAACGCGCUCACCUUCGACUACGACAUCGCCCUUCUGCAGCUGCGCAAGACCUGGCCCCCCUCCCUCAGUGCCUUCAUCCAGCCCGUCUGCCUGCCCCCCCCCUCACAGGCCCUCGCAGACGGACAGCCCUGCUGGGUCACCGGCUGGGGGUACCGCUCCGAGGGAGAUAAGGUCCUGCCCUCAGUGCUGCAGAAGGCUCAGGUCGGGAUUGUCAGUCAGAGGGAGUGUAAGAAGAGGUACAGCCCGGUGUCGCCCCGAAUGCUGUGUGCAGGGGUGCCCUCGGGGGAGCGGGACGCCUGCCGGGGGGACUCGGGGGGCCCGCUGUCAUGCCAGAUGCAGUCGGGGGGGCGCUGGUUUCUGACGGGAAUCGUGAGCUGGGGGGCAGGCUGCGGAAGGCCCAACCUGCCGGGGGUGUACACCAGAGUCGCCAAGUUCAUCGCCUGGAUUCAGAGCCACACCGGCGUGGCCGCAGAGCCUGUCAGGGGCGGGGCAGCCCCGCCCCUCUCAGAGUUCUACCUGGGAGGAAGUGUGGAGUUCUCCAACCUGAGCUUCUCUGCGCUGCUGGCGGACCCCUCCUCCCCCCAGUUCCACCUGCAGGCCCGGGCCCUCAGGCCUUACCUGUCCCAGCUGUACGAGGCCUCCCCCUGGCGCUCCCAUUACCUCCACUCCAAAGUGGUCGCAUUCAGUGAAGGAGUGGACGGACUGCGUGUGUUUUACUGGAGUAAGUUCUGUGCCCCGGCGGAGGUGGGAGUGGAGCUGUGCCGGGCCGGAGCAGGCCGCCUGCAGAGGGUGCUGGGGGUUACCAACAAGGUGCUGUUCGGCAGGAACGAGCUCUACGCCCUACAGAGGGAUAAUGACACCCUGCCGCUGCUGCUGGGGCUGGACUCUGAGGAUGACGACUCUGAUGAGAAAGCGGACAAACUUAAAAACCCCUCCUCUCUGCAGAGCAUCAAGUGGCAGCUGGGCUUCCAAGCAAUGUCCUUCGACCUUUAUGCCAAAUACGGGAGCAACCGCACCCUGAGUUUGGUGAGUCCGAAGAAGCCGUAUUACCAGUGGCGCCUGCGUGUGCCGGCGGGUCAUGUGGUCCGGCUCGUGGUGCAGACCCUGCAGGGGGCCACGCCCGAACAAGAUCAUCGCCAGGUAAGACACCACAGCAUCUGCAGCUUCGCCAUGAUCGUCACUACAACUAUCACCGUCACCGUCACCGUCACCGUCACCAUCACCGUCACCGUCACCAUCGUCAUCGUCAUCGUCAUCGUCAUCGUCACCGUCACCGUCACCGUCACCAUCGUCAUCGUCAUCGUCACCGUCACCGUCACCGUCACCCUCAUGUCGUCGGGAAACGUCAUGCUGGUGACCUUCUCCUUCAACAGGCAGAGGGACGGAGCUGUUUUUAAAGCCUACUUCCAGGCGGUGCCUAAGACAGGCUGUGGGGGCUCCUUUUCCACCUGGAACGGCACAGUGACGUCCCCGUACUACCCCAGUUACUACCCCCCCAGCAUCGACUGCACGUGGACCCUCCGGACUCCGUUGCCUGGUUACCUGCUGUCUGUCACGAUUGUGAUGCUUGACAUCCAGGAUUCGCCCUCCUCGGACAGCUGUGAGAAGGACUGGCUGGACAUCAACGGGAUCCGGUUGUGUAACCCCAUCAUAGACAGCAGCAGAAAGAGGAUUUACUCGUCUCCUGUGGUUCUGCACUUCCACUCCGACGAGUCCCUCACUCACAAAGGCUUUUACAUCCUGUUCCGGGCCUUCACCCAGGAGACCUAUCCACACCUGUUCCACACCUCCGCAGAUCCACACCUGUUACACGCCUCCGCAGAUCCACACCUGUUCCACACCUCCGCAGAACCGCUCCUGUUCCACACCUCCGCAGAUCCACACCUGUUCCACACCUCCGCAGAACCGCUCCUGCAGUUCCGCUGUGGAGACGGCCGCUGCGUUCCUCUGAGGAAGGUGUGUGACGGAGUGAAGGACUGUCCCGACGGCCGCGACGAGGCUAAAUGCUCCUGCAAGCCUGGAGAGGUGCAUUGUGGGAAUGGAGUGUGCAGGCCGCACGCCAGCCAGUGCAGUAUGCAGAGCAGUGCCCAGAGCAGCUGCGGAGACAGCAGCGAGGAGGCUAACUGUGGUAGAUGCUACCUCAUGUGUCCCAACAAGCUGUGUGUGCCCAAGGCCUCUGUGUGUGACGGUAUCAUCGACUGUAAGGACCGCAGCGACGAGAUCAACUGCACCAGAGCAUGGCACAGAGGCUGUUCCCCAUCUUCCUAUAAGUGUGCCAGUGGGAAGUGUGUGAGCAAGAUCAACCCAGAAUGCGACGGCGUCAAGGACUGUGCCGAUGGCUCUGACGAGAUGCGGUGUGGCUGCGGCACCCGGCCGAAGAAGAAGAGUAAAAUUGUGGGCGGGGCGGACGCGCAGCUGGGGGCGUGGCCCUGGCAGGUGAGCCUGCAGAUGGAGCGGUACGGUCACGUGUGCGGCGCCUCCCUCAUCUCCAGCCGCUGGCUGCUGUCUGCGGCACACUGCUUUCAGGACUCCGACGCCAUCAAGUACUCGGACGUGCGCUCCUGGAAGGCAUACCUGGGCAUGCGCGUCAUGAACACGGUCAGUAACGCAGUAGCGACGCGGCUGAUUCGCCGCAUCGUGCUGCACGCGCAGUACGACCAGUUCACCUCGGACUACGACAUCGCCCUGCUGGAGCUCAGCGCCCCCGUCUUCUUCAGCGAGUGGGUGCAGCCCGUCUGCCUGCCUGCUCCCUCACACGCCUUCAGCUCCACCGCCAGCUGCUUCGUCACCGGCUGGGGAGUGCUCAUGGAGGACGGUAUGAACGUGGUUGUGUUCAGUGUAGUGUUGGUUUCAGGUGAGCUGGCAUCCUUGCUGCAGGAGGCCACUGUGAAGAUAAUCAGCCACAACACCUGCAACAAGCUGUAUGACGACGCCGUCACUCCCAGAAUGCUGUGCGCUGGGAACCUGCAGGGAGGGGUGGAUGCCUGCCAGGGCGACUCGGGUGGGCCUUUGGUGUGUCAGGAGAAGGGCCGGCGCUGGUUCCUGGCAGGAGUUGUGAGCUGGGGCGAGGGCUGUGCCCGGCAGAACCGGCCCGGCGUCUACACACAGGUCACCAAGUUCUCAGAAUGGGUCCACCAGCAGACCAAAGGCCAGGGUUUCAUGGUUCCUCACCUGGCCUUUGAGCCCAGUCUGGCUGCAGGUUUUGAAGAGCUUCAGAAUAUUUGUUCCAAAAAAACCCUGGAUGGAAAGGUGAUAUCAGAGGGCCUGUCCCUGGUCCACAAGUCAAACUCGCUGCAGCCAGUUCCGGCCCAGCUCUCAGACCCACAUACCCCUCUGCACCCCGAACGAACCCCCUCUGCACCCCGAGCGAACCCCCUCUGCACCCCGAGCGAACCCCCUCCGCACCCCGAGCGAACCCCUCCGCACACCGAGCGAACCCCUCCGCACACCGAGCGAACCCCUCCGCACACCGAGCGCACCCCUCUGCACCCUGAGCGCACCCCUCUGCACACCGAGCCGAACCCCCUCUGCACCCUGAGCGAACCCCCUCUGCACCCCGAGCGCACCCCUCCGCACACCGAGCGUACCCCCUCUGCACCCCGAGCGUACCCCCUCUGCACCCCGAGCGUACCCCCUCUGCACCCCGAGCUGAACCCCCUCUGCACCCCGAGCGUACCCCUCUGCACCCCGAGCGUACCCCUCUGCAUACCGAGCGUACCCCCUCCGCACACCGAGCGUACCCCUCCGCACCCCCAGCGUACCCCUCCGCACCCCGAGCGUACCCCUCCGCACCCCGAGCGUACCCUUCUGCACUCCGAGCGUACCCCUCCGCACCCCGAGCGUACCCCUCCGCACCCCAAGCGUACCCCUCUGCACCCCGAGCGUACCCCCUCUGCACCCCGAGCGUACCCCUCCGCACACCGAGCGUACCCCCUCUGCACCCCGAGCGUACCCCCUCUGCACCCCGAGCGUACCCCCUCUGCACCCCGAGCGUACCCCCUCUGCACCCCGAGUGUAACUCCCUCUGCACCCCGAAUGAACCCCCUCUGCACCCCGAGUGAACCCCCUCUGCACCCCGAGCGUACCCCUCUGCACCCCGAGCGAGACCCCUCUGCACUCCAUGCCUCAGUGCUGCCCCCUGGUGGGCAGCCUUUCCCUGACGCUCCACUGGGGUGA